AUGAGCCUUUUGGCUUCACUAACUGACGACUUUAGGGACUCGCACCGCAUUCACGUAUCCAUCAUGAGGACGUACCGACGAGCCGAUGAAGGUUUCAAUAUAUACCAUGCGAAUGAUCCCGAAAGCGCUGUCCCUCCGUCUCCGCCUUCUACUCGACGAUUCAACCUCCAACUCGGACAAGGUCCAAUACCGAAGGCAGCUAAGAAACAGGCCAAGAAUUCCGCCCAAGACUUCAAUGGGGUCCUCGUCUACUUUUGA